AUGGAGUUCCCACAUGGAGGAGAAUCGAUAUUCUAUCGAUACCAGGCCAUCUUCCUCCGAGAUUGGUUCGGUGACCUCCUAUACUGUACCGGCCCGGACUCGGAGCGCAUCAAGGAUCACUGGGAUAUGAUCAGUAUCGACAUGGAAAAGCAGAAUUAUACCGACAUAGACCAAGCACAAUUCCACCGGGCAACAUUGGGCCAAUUUGAGGACCUAGAAAUGUAUGAGCUGCGCCGAGCCAACAAAGUGGUAUUCACCGGAAUGUUCCUUACCAAACUGGAUGGAGUCACUACUGCUAGGAGGGAGUUCGAGUCGUUUUACAUUCAGUUGAUCCUACGCCAGAUAGACUUUGCUUUCCCAUAUACUUCGGCCCCAGUAACCACCAAUUGCCCAGAUGAGUCAACUCCCGAAGUAAUGGCACGACUUUUCGAUAGAUUCCUCCGAUACCAAGGCGAGGAUGAUAAAUGGGAUGUAUGUGGACGGUCUUAUUUUAUGGGACGAGUUCGUCAUUUCACUUCCCAGGGGCUCCCAAUCGAGUUCUGUCUACCAGCAUUUCCUUGCAAAUCGUCCAAUCGGAAUAAGGUUACGGGCAAAGACCCAGACCGUGGUGAGCAAUUGGCUUUAGAACGCUUACACUUCUUCGCAGAGACUGCUGAGAGGAUAUAUAGUGGAGGCGCAAAAAUCUGGAUUAUUAGCGAUGGCCAUGUCUUCAGCGAUUGCAUUGGCGUUGACGACCAGGACGUGGACUCCUAUGGCCAAAAGCUGAUCGAAAUGAAUAAUAACAUCGGCAAACAACGAGGAAAAGCGGACAGAGUUGGCUUCAAGUCUCUCAUGGAUCUUUUUGAAAUCGCAAGAUAUAAGAGACAAUCGAAACUGGCGCAAAUUGCCAAGCUCGAUAUACCUGAGAUUGAACACAAUGUUGAGACACAGGUUACAAUGGAAGCCGAAUUUUGCCGACGACUCUUAAUGGCUGGGUGCCAAUCCCAAAGAUCCUCACUUCGGGCACGUAUUAACUUGCAGGAUCCCGCGAUUCUGGCUUUAUAUCGUGGGUUCUCACGGUUCAUGCUUGAAGAUCUAGAGCUUCAUCCAUUUACCCAAGCCAUGAGUCGAUCGAAGCAGAAGAAACUUUCUUCAAAGGUCGCAUUUGAGAUGAUUAUGAGAAACCAAGCGUACUCAAAUCUUGUGGAACUUCUGUACCCAAAUCACAUUCGAUUGUCGAUCCAUGCUCACAACAACGCUGGACCUAAGUUCGGAAUCCAGCUUUUCGACCCAGCCACAACCCAGGCAGUUGAAUCGCUUUCGCCGGAUAGCGGCCCGAUGGUGUCUCGGGAUCUACUUCAUAUACCCACCCCAUGGCAUAACUGCGUAGUCAAGGUGGCCGGCGACAAUAUGCUGUACGUAACUAAGUCUAAAGCAGUACGAGAAGCGCUUCUCUCCGGAAUGACAGGUGGACUAGAUGCUCAAAGCAGCACGCCGGGCUCAUUUGGUCCGCUUUAUUUCGCCCUGUACCCCAAUACCCUGGUUAAAUCAGACCAUAGAAUCCAGGAGUUGGCGAAGCAAGAGGAGGUAACUGCUGAGCCCCAGAAACCAGUGGAAUCCCAACAACCCACGAAGACUGAGGAACCGACAGGGCCCAAGCAAGAUACAGAGACCAAGGGACCCGUGGAGCCUCAGCAGGUUAUUGCCCCUGCAAAGGAGGAUACCUCGUUAGAAAAUAACACCUUAGAUCACUGCCCGCCCGAGUCGGCAGCCGAUUCUGCCAUCAUUAUGUGCGAAUCGGAUUACGUUUUCGUGUAAGCAGACCAGAGGGUACUAUCGCAUGCGUAUCGGACGGAACAAGAGAAGAAACGCGGGUUUGAUGGUAUGGACUUAUUCGGUUAUUCUAGUAGGAUUUCGGGGUCUGUAUACCCUAGGAAACUUAGCAAUCUUAGAUUUUGGUUAUCUUGGAAGUGAUAAACUCGACGACGUGAAUAAUGAGACGUCGGACCAACCAACAUUCCGUGGUCUAUCAUGAACCGAUUGAAUGUUUCUGUUUUAACCCCACACAAUCGUAUCUUCCAAUGAGCCAGGGCCAGCUGUCCUGUUACCUAUCCCGUCUGCUUUGUCAGCCCAGCUGAGCUUCGAGACUUGGCGUUCUAGGUAUCAACAUCGUGUUUAUAUCUACGUUUACAUUUCCAAGAAAUCACUGCGCGGAAAAGCGACCUCAAAUUAAUUCAUCGAAAAGCUGAGUUUCCCAAAGGAUGCCUGUCACGACGAGACCGUCCCCUUCUAAGAUGGGGAAGAAUAAGGACUA